UGUUCGACCACGCUCACCGGAACCAAUUUUCUUCCUUUUUUUCGCAGUCUACCACUGACAUGUCUUUGGACUAAUCUACCCCUGACUUCUCUCACCCCGUCACACUGCUCGCCCCCCGCAGCGAUUCCCCAUUUCUUUCCCGCCGCCUUCUCCCGCCUCUUCCCCACCCCAAAACCCCAAACCCUAGCCCCACCUCCACGCCCCACCGCUCCCGCCUCCACCGGAUCGACCGCGAGCAUGGCGCUCAAGCAGAAGGGCACCGACCCCGCCGCCGCCGCCGACCCCAAGAAGCGCCGCCGCGUCGGCUUCUCCGGCAUCGAUGCUGGAGUUGAGGCAAAUGAGUGUAUGAAAGUGUUUCUAGUAAGGAAUCCUGACGAGGUGGGCUCAGUAGACAGCACUUCUAUUCAACCAUUUGACCUAAACCAUUUUUUUGGUGAAGAUGGAAAGAUAUAUGGUUACAAAAAUCUAAAGAUAAAUGUGUGGAUAAGUGAGAUAUCAUUCCAUGGAUAUGCUGAGAUUUCAUUUGAGGAAACAUCUGAUGGAGGGAAAGGAAUAACAGAUCUGAAGCCUGUUCUUCAGAACAUUUUUGGAGAAAACUUGGUUGAAAAAGAGGAAUUUUUGCAAACCUUUUCAAAGGAAUGCCAAUAUAUCAGUAAUGUGGUGAUAAAUGGUAAUGUCAUUAAACAUGAUGGCUCAAAUGAAUCAGAUCCAGCAGUUGAGAUUGUUCAAGUUGAACUCCAAGGUGCUGCUGCAUUUCUUUAUUCUCGUCUGGUGCCUCUUGUUUUGCUUCUGGUUGAAGGUUCCACGCCUAUAGAUAUUGGUGAACAUGGAUGGGAAAUGCUUCUGGUGGUGAAGAAGCCAACGCAGGAGUCAUCUGUUUCGAAAUUUCAAUUGCUAGGCUUUGCAGCUGUCCAUAACUUUUAUCGUUAUCCUGAGAGCACUCGCUUGCGAGUCAGCCAGAUACUGGUCUUGCCACCUUAUCAGGGUGAAGGCCAUGGUCUUUGUCUUCUUGAGGCAAUCAAUUCUAUCGCACAAUCUGAGAAUAUAUAUGAUGUAACCAUAGAAGACCCUUCCGAUUACCUGCAGUAUGUGCGUUCGUCCAUUGACUGCCUCCGUCUUCUCACGUUUGAUCCAAUCAAGUCAGUGCUCUGUGCUACGGUCUCGUCUCUGAAGGAGACCAACCUGUCAAAAAGGACUUGCAGCUUGAGGAUGGUUCCACCAGCUGACCUGACCGAGACUGUCCGGCAGAAGCUGAAGAUCAACAAGAAACAGUUCCUGCGGUGCUGGGAAAUUCUGAUCUAUCUAAACCUUGAUUCUGAGAACCAAAAGAGCAUGGACAACUUCAGGGCCUGCAUAUAUGACCGCAUUAAGGGUGAAAUACUUGGUGGUGCCACUGGAACCAAUGGGAAGCGCCUCGUGCAGAUUCCAAGUAGUUUCAAUGAGGAGGAAUCCUUUGCUGUGUACUGGACACACGAGGGUGGGGAUGCAGAUGACCAAACCGUUGAGCAGCAGUCAGAAGAUCUGAAGACCCAGGAGCAGCAGUUGAAUGAGCUCGUUGACAAUCAAAUGGAAGAGAUCGUUGAGGUCGCCAAGAAUGUUACCUCACGUGGCAAGGAUAAGCUGUCAGAGCUGGCUGCUCUGUGAAUUCGGGUGAUCC